UAGAGGACAGACUGAACAGAGAGAGAACACCAUUCUCAACCAAAAAACUUGACACAGCACAACGGGAGACAUAAUAAAUCCACUCUGGACUUACAGAAGCCACUCUGUUUCUGAAUGGAAAAAUCCCUUACUUUUGAAAACAUUGGUGCCUCUAUAGUGGAACGUAGACAACUUUUGGGGACAAUAUGUUCAAUUUGUUAAAAAAAGACAAGGAGAAGGAUGGUGCUAGGAAGGAGAAGAAGGACAAGAAGGACCAAAGGGAAAGGAUGUCUGCAGCUGAGCUCCGAAGCCUCGACGAGAUGAGCAUGAGACGGGGCUUCUUCAGCCUCAACCGGAGCUCGAAGAAAGACUCCAAGAGCAAGUUGGAGAUCUCAAACCCAAUCCCUAUUAAAGUAGCCAGCAGUAUUGAGCUCAAUCUAAACGACAUUGAGUCAGAUGGCUUUAGCAACCGCAGCAGCAUAGUUUUGGAUGCAGAUCAGCUCAGUGCAGCUAGCUCCAGUGAUGAUCUGAAGUGUGAUUAUAGCCAAGAUGGCCACCGUAGUUCAGUUAAGGAGCGGGCGGCCAGGUUUGGCUCCCUUGCUAUGCAGAACUCACAAAUGGGUUUGAUCAUGAAGCGCUUCUCCUUUUCUCGGAGGACUAAAGAUGAGAGUCUAUCAGAGGACUCCACACCUUCUGGGCAGAACUCAGCUGCCCCGUCUCCACAGGUGGAGGCCAAGAUCUUUGACCCCCAGCGUAAGCAGAGUCUUCAGCAGCCGCCACCUCCUAGUAAGAAGGUGCACAUUCCUGAGAUUGUGGACAAGACGUUCCUUGCUGAUCUCCGUCUGCCUGCUGUCGUGCUGCCUCAGAGGCCAGUGGUUCGGGAGCUGGUACUCCAGAGGAGAAACACUGGAGAUUUUGGUUUCUCCUUGCGCCGCACCACCAUGCUGGACCACGGCACAGAUGGAGCAGUAUAUCGGAGGGUGGUUCACUUUGCAGAACCAGGUGCUGGCACUAAGGACCUUGCCCUUGGCCUGGUGCCUGGAGACAGGCUGGUGGAGAUUAAUGGGCGCAACGUGGAGAACAAGAACCGGGAUGAGAUUGUGGAGAUGAUUCGGCAGUCAGGUGACACAGUGCGACUCAAAGUUCAGCCCAUCCUGGAACUGAGUGAGCUGAGUCGAUGCUGGCUGAGGAACACAGAAGGGCUGCGACGGGAAGCCUUUGAUGCAAAGGUGGAGGAGGAUCCUGUGGUAAUCCUAAAGGCAGACCAUGCUGUCGCCGCCCAUCCUAAGGUGAAGACAGAGGAGCAGAUAGCUGCAGAGCAAGCAUGGUAUGGUUCAGAGAAAGUGUGGCUGGUCCACAAGGAUGGAUUCUCUCUGGCCACUUUGCUGAAGACAGAGGCAGGCAUUCUACCAGAGGGGAAAGUGAAAAUCAAACUGGAGCAUGAUGGGACAGUACUGGAUGUGGACGAAGAUGACAUUGAGAAGGCAAACCCGCCAUCAUUUGAUCGCUGUGAGGACUUGGCGACUUUCCUCUACCUCAAUGAGUCCAGUGUCAUGCACUCCUUGCGUCAGCGCUAUGGAGGAAAUCUCAUCCAUACACAUGCAGGACCCAAUAUGGUUAUCAUCAACCCUAUCAGUGCCCCAUCCAUGUACUCCGAGAAGGUGAUGCAAAUGUUUAAAGGUUGUCGGCGCGAGGACACGGCGCCUCAUAUCUACGCAGUGGCUCAGUCAGCCUACCGAAACCUUCUGACCACACGGCAGGACCAAUCCAUUGUGCUGCUGGGAAAGAGUGGGAGUGGCAAGACCACAAACUGCCAGCACUUAGUCCAGUACCUUGUGUCCAUCGCCGGUAGUACUGGCAAAAUCUUUACCGCUGAGAAAUGGCAAGCAGUUUACACAAUACUAGAGGCCUUCGGGAACAGCGCCACUUCCAUUAACACCAAUGCAAGUCGAUUCUCCCAGAUCGUCUCCCUGGAUUUUGACCAAACUGGUCAAGUGGCCUCAGCCUCCAUCCAGACCAUGCUGCUGGAGAAGCUGCGGGUGGUGAAACGACCAGAGGCUGAGUCCACUUUCAAUGUCUUUUACUACAUGAUGGCUGGAGCAGACAGCACUCUAAGAACGGAGUUGCAUUUAAACCACUUUGCAGAGAACAGUUCUUUUGGGAUUUUACCUCAAACUAAGCCUGAGGACAAGCAAAAGUCAUCACAGCAAUUCACAAAAUUGCAGGCAGCCAUGAAGGUGCUGGGCAUCUCUUAUGAUGAGCAGAAAGCUCUGUGGCUCAUUCUUGGGGCUGUAUACCAUCUUGGAGCUGCUGGGGCCACUAAAGCAGGGCGAAAGCAAUUUGCACGUCACGAGUGGGCCCAGAAGGCAGCUUACCUCUUGGGCUUCACCCUAGAAGAGCUCUCUUCUGCUAUCUUUAAACACCAGCCCAAAGGAACCUUGCAGAAGUCCACCUCAUUCCGCCAGGGACCAGAUGAUUUUGGCACAGGAGACAACUCCGCUCCGAAGAUCACAGCUCUAGAGUGUUUGGAGGCCAUGGCUGCUGGGCUCUACUCUGAGCUCUUUACUGUGGUCAUCUCACUUGUUAACCGAUCUCUGAAGUCGAGUCAGCAUUCCCUGUGCUCUUUGCUCAUUGUGGACACACCGGGAUUCCAGAACCCAAAGUUAGCCAAGCGGGACCGUGGCGCCACCUUUGAGGAACUGUGCCACAACUAUGCCCAAGAGAGGCUCCAAACACUUUUCCAUGAACGCACCUUUGUACAGGAGCUGGAACGUUAUAAAGAGGAAAACAUAGAGCUUGCAUUAGAUGACAUAGAGUCCAGUACGUCACUGUCUGUAGCAGCUAUAGACCAAGCCUCGACCCAAGCAUUGGUACGGACACUAGCUAGAACAGAUGAGGCAAGGGGGCUGCUGUGGCUGAUGGAGGAGGAAGCUCUACAGCCUGGGGGCUCAGAGGAAACUCUGCUGGAGAGAUUUUUCAGUUAUUACAGCCCUGCGGAUGGAGAAAGUAAAGGUCCUGCCCUGCUACUGAAGAGUGAGAAGGCACAUCACUUCAUGUUGGGUCACAGCCAUGGCUCUGACUGGGUGGAGUAUGAUGCUCGGGGCUGGCUGAGCCGUGCCAAACAAAACCCCUCCUCCCAGAAUGCGGCCAUUCUACUGCAGGACUCCCAGAAGAAGAACAUCAGUGGCUUGUUUAUGGGGCGUUCAGGAGGGGCCACAGUUUUGUCAGGCUCUAUUGCUGGGCUUGAGGGCGGGUCGCAGCUGGCUCUACGCAGAGCCACAAGCAUGAGGAAGACCUUCACCACUGGCGUGGCUGCUGUGAAAAAAAAGUCUCUCUGCAUCCAGAUUAAACUGCAAGUGGAUGCACUGAUAGACACAUUGAGGCGGUCCAGGGUGCACUUUGUGCAUUGCUUGGUGCCUAAAGCAGAGGCUCUGACUGGGGAUAUGAAGGUGAAGAUGGAGACCCAUGGAGAUAGCUGUGACACAGGCCUCAUGCAGCUGGAUGUGUGUUUGCUCCGAGCACAGCUCCGUGGCUCCAAACUGCUCGACACGCUUCGAAUCUACCGGCAAGGUUAUCCUGAUCAUUUGGUAUUUUCUGAGUUCCGUCGUCGAUUUGACGUACUGACCCCCCACCUGAUGAAGAAACAUGAGCGGAACUACAUCGUAACUGAUGAGAGAAGUGCUGUCGAAGAGCUUCUGGAGUCUCUUGAGCUGGAAAAAAACAACUAUCACAUGGGCCUGAGCAGAGUGUUCUUUAGGGCAGGUGUGCUGGCUAAGCUGGAGGAGCAGAGAGACAUCCAGACAAGACGCAACAUCACCCUGUUUCAGGCUGCGUGCAGGGGCAACCUGGCUCGACAGGCCUUUAAGAAGAGGAAGAUCCAGGACCUGGCCAUUCGCUGUAUUCAGAAGAACAUCAAGAAAAACCGUGGUGUGAAGGGUUGGCCGUGGUGGAAGCUCUUUACCACUGUACGACCUCUCAUCGAGGUGCAGCUAACAGAGGAGCAGAUCCGAGGAAAAGACGAGGAAAUUCAGCAGCUCAAGUUGAGGCUGGAGAAAGCAGAGAAGGAGAGGAACGAGUUAAGACUUAAUAGCGACCGACUGGAAAGCAAGGUCACAGAACUGUCGUCUGAGCUCGCCGAUGAGAGAAACACAGGCGAGUCUGCCUCCCAGCUACUGGAGUCUGAGACAUCGGAGAGACUAAGACUAGAGAAAGAAAUGAAGGAUAUGCAGGCAAAGUUUGAUACUAUGAAGAAGCAGAUGGAGUCUAUGGAAAUGGAAGUAUUGGAGGCACGACUUAUACACACAUCAGAGCUCAAUUUGGAAAUGGAUGACGACGACACAGGUGGAGAAUGGAGACUCAAGUAUGAGAGAGCCAUCAGAGAGAUCGAGUUCACUAAGAAGAGACUCAAACAAGAGUUUGAUGACAAAGCAGAGGUGGAGCAGCAAAACAAGAGGCAGCUGGAGAGAAAACUGACAGACCUGCAGGCAGACAAUGAGGAGGUGCAGCGUGUGGCGCAGCAGCUGAAAAAGAAAUUCCAGAGACUGACAGCAGAGCUGCAGGACACUAAACUGCACCUAGAGGGCCAGCAGAGCCGUAAUCACGACCUGGAGAAGAAGCAACACAAGUUUGACUCAGAGCAGACCCUGGCUCAGGAGGAGGUGCAGAGAGAGAGGAGUCUACGGGAGAAACUGAGCAGAGAGAAAGAUAUGCUAACCGGGGAAGUGUUCAGCCUCCGACAACAACUGGAGGAUAAGGAUCUGGAGAUAUGUGCUGUCAAUCUAAAGCUGGAGCAGAUGGAGGUGGAGCUUCAGGAUCUGAACUCGCAGGAGUCAAAGGACGAGGCCUCACUGGCCAAGGUUAAAAAGCAGCUUCGAGACCUUGAGGCAAAGGUCAAAGAUCAGGAAGAAGAGCUUGAUGAGCAGGCGGGCACCAUUCAGAUGUUGGAGCAGGCCAAGCUGCGUCUGGAGAUGGAGAUGGAGAGACUGAGACAGACACAUUCGAAAGAAAUCGAGAGUAAAGAUGACGAGGUGGAGGAAAUCAGACAGUCCUGCAGUAAGAAGCUCAAGCAAAUGGAGAUGCAGCUGGAGGAGGAGUAUGAAGACAAGCAGAAGGUCUUGCGGGAGAGGAGAGAUCUGGAAGCUAAGCUGAUGAGUGCUCAGGAGCAGGUGAGCCACAGUGAUGUGGAGACAGAGAAGCGUUUGAGGAAAGACCUGAAGCGCACAAAGGCCUUGCUGGCUGAUGCUCAGAUAAUGUUGGAUCACCUGAAGAACAACGCUCCAAGCAAGAGAGAGAUCACGCAGCUCAAAAACCAGCUUGAGGAGUCUGAGUUCACAUGUGCAGCUGCAGUCAAAGCCAGAAAGUCUAUGGAAGUGGAGAUUGAAGACCUUCAUGUCCAAAUGGAUGACAUCUCCAAAUCCAAGCAGGCGCUUGAGGAGCAGCUGAGUCGUUUGCAAAGGGAGAAGAAUGACCUGCAGUCUCGUAUGGAGGAGGACCAGGAGGACAUGAACGAACUCAUGAAGAAACACAAAGCCGCUGUUGCCCAGUCCUCACAGAACUUGGCCCAGAUCAGUGACCUACAGGCUCAGCUGGAGGAGACCAUGAAGGAGAAACAGGAUGUGCAGGAGAAGCUCACAGCCUUGCAGAGUCAGCUAGAGUUCCAAGAGCACUCCAUGGUGGACAAGUCUCUGGUCAGCCGGCAGGAGGCCAAGAUCUGUGAGAUUGAGACCAAGCUGGAGUUUGAGAAGACACAGGUCAAACGCUUCGAGAGUCUAAUAUCAAGGCUAAAAGAGAACCUCGAGAAAUUAACAGAGGAACGAGAUCAACGCAGUGCCAGUGAAAACCGUGAGAAAGAACAGAACAAGCGUCUCCUCAGGCAGAUCCGAGACAUUAAGGAGGAGAUGGCUGAGCUAGCCAAAAAGGAAGCGGAGGCAAGCCGCAAGAAACACGAACUGGAAAUGGAUAUUGAGAGUUUGGAAGCAGCCAACCAGAGUCUCCAAGCGGACCUCAAGCUGGCCUUCAAGAGGAUCGGGGACCUCCAGGCUGCUAUCGAGGAUGAGAUGUUGAGUGAUGACAAUGAAGAUCUCAUCAACAGUUUACACGACAUGGUGACUAAGUAUCAGAAACGAAAGAACAAGAUUGAGGGUGCCUCUGAUACUGACUCUGAGGUGGAAGACCGUGCUGAUGGGGUGAAGUCAUGGCUGUCCAAAAACAAGGGCUCAGCAAAGAACCUGUCAGAUGAUGGUAGUCUGAAGAGCUCAAGAUAUGCUGUAAAUGUUGACGGCAAAGUGGGAAAAGAGUGGGGUGAGGGUAAAGAAUGGAAGGACAAUGGAAAAGGUAAAGAAUUAGAAACCAGUAGGCCUGUGUCUGUCAUGAGUUCCCUCAGCUACAGGAAACUUUCUAACAUGAAGCAAUCCAUAGGAGGUAAGGGAGACGAGAGUUCACUCCUCAACACUCUCAAAGAACAAUCUGACUCCCAGGACUUAUCUUCCUUCCAGAACAACAAAUCCAAGCUGGAAGCUGAGGAUUACUCCUACUCUGUCACCUGCUGGAGGAAGGCAGGAGAUGAUCUUGAAGAUCAGGGCUCUGUUAUCUCUCAGGCCUAUUCAGAGGCUGCCAUCGGGCAAGGAAGAGUAUGCACAGCCGUCUGAGUUUGACAAGGAGUCCGUCAUCUCCUCUGUAGCCCCCAACCGAGCUUCUACCCAUCACACUGCAAUGGACUUGGAUGAUGAUGCUGUUUCCAGCGUGAGCCGCAUAAGUCCACUAAGCCGACGCCAAAGCAUGCCUCGUCUCGAUGACCUCCAGAGUGAAUACGGUUCAGCCAUCAGCCCCAUCCUGAGCCACAGUCCAGGCAGUCUGAGCUGCACUGGCUCCCACAUGUCCCUGUCCGCAGCUGUUGCCUCAGUGGAUUUGACGUGGAUGAUGACACCCGAAGUGUGGCAUUCAGCGAAGCUCGCCCCAGCGCCUACAACCCCCACUCCACCUCUAGCCGUAGCUUCUCAAUGCCCCGCAAGGCCGGACCACUGAUUCCAGCCCACCCAAUCUCUCAGACAUCAAGCCAGUCAGUCACCGCAACUGCCAUUAAUGAAGUUGAUUGGUGACCAGGACUGGCAGAGACAGUGAUCGCUCCUCCAGCCUGCGUCGCUCUGCUUCAGCCAUGGACUACAUGCGCUCCAGUAGUACCCUCAGCACACAUAGCAGCCGCAGCAAGAAGAGUAAGAGCAAGUCAAAAAAGAAGUAGAAAAGAUAGCUGUGAUUCAGACCCGUUCGCCAGCUCUGAUGACCACAAAAAGAAGAGGUCCAAGAAUAAGUCCAAUAAAGAAUAUUCCUCCUCCUCCUCCUCUUCCUUAGAGUCUGAGUCUACCUCCGCGACUUUAUUUCUUACAGAAGCUCUAGCAGUAUCAAGAAAGCCCCUGGCAAACAGUCCUCUGAUUCUGAGGGCGAAGAAUAGCCUGAAGGCCCCUAUACAGGAGCUCCACCACAAUCUAAGAAGCAGCAGAAGAAAAGGAAAAAGAAAGUUGAUAAUGUGAUGAAGUACCUGUAUAGACCUGACAGUGACUAAAGAUGGCACCCACCUUCCAGUUGAAGAAACUUCUGCCUUGACAGAUCUGAUGAGGAAGGGGAAGAAGAUAAAGAGGAAGGGAGCACAGGCCGAAGCUCAUACCGCUUCCGCCACAAACGCAGCAGCAGCAGCAGCUACCUGAACAACAGUGAUGGGGAGUGCAAGCUCUCAGAGACCACUGUGUAGCUGCAUGCAUUGUCAUUCACAUUGGAAAGAGGACAUUUGACUCUUUGUAUUCAUCUUUUUCUCUUACUCAGAUCCAGAUGUUAGAAGAGCCGAGUAGAUUUUAGUGAGAGUGGUGCAUGCUGGGACACACUCUGUGGUCUCUCAUUCUCGGUCAAACCACUGCACUCUCACAUUCUAAAAGAUAAACUCCAUUCCUUUUAACUUUUUUUAUUAAAGGUAUAGUUUACCCAAAAAUGAAAGUUACGACAUUAUUAACUCACCCUCAUUUUGUUCCAACAUUUAAUUAAUUUCUUUCUUCCAAGGAAGAGGAGAUGUUAGGUAGCAUGUUAGCCUCAGUCACCAUUCACUUUUUUUUCUUCAUACAAUGAGUAAAUAAGUCAGAAUUGUCAUUUUUGGGUGAACUAUCCUUUAAGUAUUGUUAUUAUUAUAAUUUUUUUCACAUGCAUUGUGUAGAGCUUUAAAAGGUUUGUACAGCAUUAUGAAUUACAGCUCUGUUGAUUGUUACUUGUUUUUGUGCUUUUACUUCUGACGUUCUUCCUCUGCCCUUUCUAAAUGAGCAGUGACUCCACCAAACACAGUGCUUGCAUUUUUCGUCUGGUCAGAAAUUAAUAAUGGACAUUGCUUGGGGCAUUCAAACAAUUGUUGCUUUCGAUCUGUUGUGAUAUGCCCAAUCGUGUAAGAUGGAAGAUAUUCAACAGAACUGAUGCUGUGAAAUCUUCGCUUCCUUUAAGCAUGUUGUCACAUUGGAUUUAUCAGUGUUUUUGGCCUUAAUGACCAGGAAACUCCGUAUUAAAAGGCAUAUUUGAACCUGAACAAAUUUAAAUCCCAUUAUUCCGAAUGUUCCAUUGUUACCUUGUUUUGUUGCUUUCAUUGUAGUAUUUAUGAACUAGCAUUUUGAUGGAUUGAGCGAAGCUGCCAAAAUUGAAACCAUCAUCACCAACAGCAUAGAGAUGAAAGAGUCCCAUUUCUUCUCUUAUUUUAAAGAGAGACAGUGUGUGUAUUUUACAUAGUUUUAUGGAACAUCUGCACAGGUCAAUAACUUUAUCCUCUUUUCUAUGCAAUCAAUAUUGGUUUUAAUAUGAAAAGUGAGGGUUUUAUGAUGCCUUUGGCUAAUUAAAUCACAUGGCUACAAGAUGCGUAACAUUUUCUGGCUGUACACAUUCAUAUAAAAAAUAUAUAAAUAUCUGUAUGAUUCAUUCUAGCUUUCAGAAUUGUUGAUGUUUAUUUUCUUUACUGAAUAAAUGACCACUUGAUAUGAGUAAUAAUUUUGCAUUUCAGUUUAAUAUAUUGUAAAUAAAUG